AUGGGCGUCCCUGCAACUUUCAAAGCCGCCGUCGUGCCCGAGCCGGGUGCGCAGCAUUCCGUCCAGGACCGUUCUCUGCCGCCCUUGGAGGCCGGUGAGGUGGCCAUAAAGGUCACAGCUACCGCUAUCAACCCAGUCGACUGGAAGAUCCGCGACUACAAAGUCUUCAUCAAGGACUACCCGGCCGUUCUGGGAAGUGAUGCGGCGGGUGAGAUCGCCGCUGUGGGCUCGGGAGUGACCAACUUCAAGGAGGGAGACCGCGUCUUCUUCCAGGGCAUCAUCGGCAAAUAUGACUCCUCCACCUUCCAGCAGUACGUCAAGAUGCCCGCAGAGCUCGUGGCGAAGACACCCAAGAGCAUCUCGGACGAUGAGGCAGGUGGCAUCUCGCUGGCCACGGUGGCGGUGUUGACUGGCUUCUACGACAAGAGCGGCUAUGGCCUGGCCGCGCCCUGGACCGAGGGAGGAGAGCAGGCCGGCAAGGGCAAGGGCAUCGUGAUCCUCGGAGGAAGCUCCUCGGUUGGGCAGUACGCGGUUCAGCUGGCCAAGAUCUCAGGCUUCGACAAGAUCGUCACCAACGCUAGUGCGAAGCACCUGGACCACCUGAAGGCACUGGGCGCCGACGUUGUCCUCGACCGCUCGUCCCAAAACAGCCCCGAGGACUUCAAGGCCGCACUUGGUGGACUGCCGCUCGCCUUCGUGUUCGACUCCAUCUCGGAGAAGGACACCCAGAUCCUGGGCGUCAAGAUCCUCGCCGCCACGAAGACCGAGAACAGCAACGUCAUUACCGUCCAGGGCGUCAAUGCUGAGGCGUCUGAGCUGGGCCAGUCGCUCGAGCCCAAGUCCACCGUGAAGCAGGUCCUGGGUCUCGGAAGCGCUCCUCACCUGCGCUAUCUCAGCGAGCCUCUGGUCAAGCACCUUGGCGGCGAGGACGGGUACAUCGCCAAAGGUCGUUUUGUGCCCAACAGGCCUGCCGUGGUGAGUGGUGGCCUGGCCAAUAUCGAGGAGGCUCUAGCGAAGAACAAGAAGGGUGUGUCCGGAGAGAAGGUCAUCAUCCGCCCUUUUGAUGGUUAA